GCUUCUUUCCAAUAUUCUACAAAAAAAAUGUAACGCGUCCCAGGAAUAGAAUUAGUAUAAAAGGCAGAUUUUCAACUUUAAUCAUUAUUACAUCUUCGAGAAAUCAACAUUGAUCCAUGGCAUGGCAAGUUCUGGCGAGUGUUUGCAUGUUGGGAUCUCUCAUGCAAACCACUGUUGAUGGCAAAGUUUGUGGUGAUGACCUUGCAAGGUAUGCCUUCACCGUUCUCGCCGACAAGUUUAUCUUAAAAAACAAUUACCAGAUUACAGAAGAAAAGACUGAGGAGGAGUGCAUGGUGAUUUGUGCAAAGGCGACCUGGGAUUGCAGAAGUUUUGAUUAUUCUAUUAUGUCAAGGCGAUGUUACUUGCAAAAGGUGACAAUGCAGUCACCUGGUGCCGUCUUGAAGGAAUAUAAGGGUCGUUUUGAAUUCCGCCAAGUUCAUUGUGAGGUCACAUAUUUAAGAAGCCCUUCUUCAUCUCCAGUCGACAUUCACCAGCCUGCAAACUUCAAACUUGAGGUUCUGCCCAGCGGAAUGAAGACGUACAAGUAUGGCGUCGCUACUGAAAACGCUUGGAACGGUGCACUUAAGGACGUAAACUCUUGCGCGGUAAAGUGUUCGAAAUUUGUAAAUGAGAAAGGAAACUGUAUGAAAUUUACAUUCAGCAUAGAUGAUUCUAAGUGCUAUCUUUUCAAUGCAGCAUAAGCCUGAUUGGCGGAGGAGCCGAAGGGGAAAGGCGCGACAGUCGUGCUGGAUCUGUCUUCCCCAAACAUGCCGACGAAAGAAGACGUAUAGAGACAACUUGUUCAGGGAGACGAAAGCGCGUUUACCUCUUGACGCGUAUCGGAUGGAAUUCACCUGGGUGCCACCUGUGGUCAACCCUUAAUGUAUUCAUGCGUUUGCGGCACCAAGUAAUUUAGAUUGUUGUUAAGCUAUUUGGACUACCCCUCUCUACUCAUAUGAUAUAUUGUGCUUACUUGUCGGUUACUGGGAAUAAGGACGGCCAUGAUGAGUACCCAAUACUUGACAACUAUGUACCUUGGACAACAUUAGGACCCUUCCGUUCUUGGCAGAAUUUUUAUCUCAUCAGGACCCUUUCAUAAAGACAGGUUCAAGGACCCUAUAUAGCAACACCAGUAGCAUAAUUGAAGUAGCUCAUGUACUGGAGGUGUCUGAUGUACCUGGGAAGGACCAUUCCGUCCUUGGCAGAACACCCUUGAAGACAGGUUCAGGUACCCAAUAUAUACUGAAGCCUACUUGGAGUAGCUCAUGAACUUGGACAACAACACAACCAUUCUGUCCUUGGCAGAACUUCUCUUUCACUGUGCUCUUGAAGACAGGCCCAUCUACCCUAUUUGGCAACUUAUGUAGCAUAUUUGAAGUAGCUGGCUUUUUUUACCCGAGGUACCUCAUGUACCUAAGGUUUGGACAGCAACAGGGUCUUCGUUCUUAGUAGAACUAUCUCACUGUGCUCUUCAAGAGAAGCCCAAAUACCAUACUUAGCAACUCAAGCAGCCAACUUGAAGCAUCCUGAGAUUCAGGUUUUUCCCUCAUCACUGGUUAUGCAAGGAUGACUUGAAUUAAGUCCAGAGAGUUGAUCAAA